UGCACGCAUCUCUCACUGCUACCAGCCUGAAAUGCACACUUUGCACCUAUAGUCCCAAGCGUGUUUAAUGGACUUGAUGAUGAGGCUAGCUAGUGAUCAGCUGAAUCAGUAGCUGCUGCAGUCAGACAGAUGGAGCAUAGGCAGGGAGAGAGGGGAGGAUGCUCAGGAAGAAAGAGGAGGGAGUGGAAGUAAUGGGCUGGGUGAGGAAUCCAAGACACCUGUAUGAUGUUACCUUUUAAAUAAUACAGGACCUUAGCAAGCUUAGGUAUAGGAAACCAGAGACAAGUCAGCAGAGCUUAUUGUAAAAAUCUACCUGCUGGUGUGUAUAGCCUGUGUACUCUUUACUGCUAGGAUCACUGACCCCUGAAAGAAACACACAUAUCGAUACUGAGAUAAACCUUGGAAUUUUAUCAGAGGAAGCACGCAACAAACACAUACUCAGAAGAUAAUAAAGAAACGGUGGACAUGGAAAAACAAGGAAUUUUCUUCUGCAAAGCAUAAGACAAAGGGAACUGCACUACCUGGCCAAGAUCAAGAAAGAGGAUUGCCCUAAUGUGCAGUGACUUGAGAGCAAGGCAGAGUUAACUUGUAAUUUGGGAUACAGUCAUCUUGUGUUUUGAAACACGGGAAGGAUGGUGCAUAUUCCAGAUGAUGCAGACUUUAACUCUUUCCGGGAACAGUGCGAAAGCAACGAAGGCUGGCAGUGCCAAUACAACAAGGGGGGAGUGACGGUGUGGAGUCAGGAGCAAGACAGCAGCAAGGCUGUGAAGAAGCUGAAGAUGCGUAUUAUGUGCAAGGAUGUCUCUGCCGAGGUUCUCUAUGAUGUUCUGCAUGACACCAGCUAUCGUAGGAAAUGGGACACGAACAUGAUAGACACCUUUGACAUAGGACGGCUUACAGUGAAUGCAGAUGUUGGAUACUACUCAUGGAAAUGUACAAGUCCCCUUAAGAACAGAGACUUUGUAACCUUACGGUCCUGGUUACCCCUUGGUAAUGACUAUAUGAUAAUCAAUUAUUCAGUAAAGCAUCCGAAACAUCCUCCUCGCAAGGACUUUGUGAGAGCAGUUUCCUUGCAGACUGGAUAUCUCAUUAAAGCCAAUGGGGAAAACAGCUGCGUUCUCUAUUACCUUACACAAGUCGACCCCAAAGGCUCAUUACCAAAGUGGGUUGUAAAUAAAGUAUCUCAGUUUGUGGCUCCAAAGGCCAUGAAAAAAAUCUAUAAGGCUGGGUUAAAGUAUCCUGAAUGGAAGAGAAAACAUGACCCACAUUUUAAGCCAUGGGUGUAUCCAGAGCAGAACACACUUCCGACCGUGAACCUGGAAGACCUUGCAAUCCAGAGGGCUGAUGAGCUGGAGAACAUAGAUGAAAGUGGAGUGUCUGAAGAAAGAACACAUAUUAGUGAUGAUGAAGAUGGGCUUUCAAAGGAUUCUUAAAUGUUUUUCAUCUUCCAUAUUAUUCUGUCCAGCUACAACAUUUCAUUCACAACCAGUUUACUUUGUGAACCUCCUCACCCCAUCCCUUUCUACCAUUUCUUGAUCUUUUUUACACUUUUUACAACUCGGGAACAA